AUGGCGGUCCUCUCAUUGAUAACCUCGGCCAAGUUGGAUACGUCCCUUGACGUGCCCGCCCUCAAUCCGCCGAAUGAUAUCGCAUCAAAUUUUGACAAUCCGCCAAACAAGAAUUACAUUGCCCAAGCCGUAAUACCAACAUGUUUGGCUCUCACGGCUAUAGCUGUCCUUCUCCGGAUAUGUCAUAGGCUGUUCUACGUUAAGAAAACUGGGUUUCCUGAUGUAUUAAUGUUAAUAUCUCUUGGCUGCUAUAUCGUAGGCGCAUACCUAAAUUACCGGCUGGUAGAGAACCCUGGCGCCUUUGUUCAUCAAUGGGAUGUUCUACUAAAGGACAUGUCGGAUAUCCUCUUCCCCCUAUUCCUCAGUGGUAGUUUCUAUAUCGGAGCUGUCCUGACAAUAAAAGCGGCGAUACUUCUGGAUUGGAUCCGUUUACUCAUUCCGUACGGCGUGCGGAAUAACUUCUUCUGGUUCUGCUAUAGCGUGCUGGGCGCGAAUGUCGUAUUCUACAUCGUAACUCUCUUCCUCAUGAACUUCGCCUGCGUUCCUAUUGAGAAAAAUUGGAACCCCCUAUUCGUCGGUGGCUCCUGUCCGGUCAACAGGAAGGUCCUCAACAUUAUAUCAGCUGUGCUGAACCUUUGCUCGGAUAUAUCAAUUCUGCUUCUGCCGCAGCACAUCAUCUGGCGCUUAGACAUGUCAACGAAAAGAAGAGUCGGCGUCUUUGUUAUCUCUGCUAUGGGUGUUUUCUGCUGUGCUUCAGCAGGGUUACGCCUUCGAGCGAUACUCAACUAUUCUAGGUCAGAUGAUAUAAUUUAUCACACGGCGCCUGUGAUGCUCUGGGCUCUGGCCGAGAUGACUUGCAUGUUCCUCAUUUACAGCACUCCAAGUGCGGCUAAGAUCCUGUCAGAAAUCCGGUUUCUUGACCGGCUCCAGAGCCGGUAUACCGUCAUGGCCUGGCUCGGAUAUGAUAAAUAA